AUGAGAAGUAUAAAGGCCGUUGUUGUCGGAGACGGAGGUGUUGGUAAAACAUGUCUUCUCAUCUCGUACACCACAAAUACAUUCCCCAACGAUUACAUCCCAACAGUUUUCGAUAACUAUUCAGCGCUGGUGAUGAUCGAUGGCCAGCCGAUUAAAUUGGGGCUCUGGGAUACUGCGGGCCAAUCGGAGUACGACCGGUUGCGUCCUUUGUCGUACCCACAAACGGAGAUCUUCUUGUGCUGUUUUUCUGUGGUCAGCCCGGUCUCAUUUGAGAAUGUCAAGGCAAAAUGGAUCCCAGAAAUCUUGCAUCACUCACCGCGCGACAUUUUGAUUGUGUUGGUGGGAACGAAGCUGGACUUGCGUGAUGAUUUGCAUGUGAUGGACGAGUUGCAGAUGCGGAACGAGAGACCCGUGCUGGAGCAGCAGGGCCAGAAGUUGGCCAAGGACUUGGGUGCGGUGAAAUAUUUGGAGUGUUCAGCUGCUACGCAGGUGGGUGUCCAGGAAUUGUUCGAUUAUUGUAUUCGCGCGGUGUUGGACCCUCCUUCUGCUGCUGAUGUUGUACAAGAGUCUGCGCCUGCCCCAGCCGGUGGAAAUGGUGUCGCUACUCGUAGAACAAAGUUGCGUCGUCUGAAGAAAUGUUCCAUUUUGUAA